GCUUUGCAAACGCGCAGUUUGCCUUCACAAAAAAUCCGAGUGUGCUGCUGCACCCUGAAGGCACCAUAGACCUCUCCUGUUGCUCAGAGAGGAGGCAAGCCGGUGAUUUUCCACUGCUGCUGCUUCUCUGGUCCCCCAGUUUUAAGAGACAAAGGUCAGGAAGAGAAGCUUAUAAAUAGGCUUAAAUAUAGGCUCCCGACGCGUUCAGUCCUCAGUCGCUCUAACGGACUCAAGAGGUCACGGACAAGACGAAACGGACAAGGGACGGCGCUCAAAGGACAUUAAAAGGACAAAAUAACAGAGGAAAGCACAUCAACAUUGCAGAAUGGCUCAAAAAGAGAAACUUCAGUGUCUGAAAGACUUCCAUAAGGACACUCUGAAACCAUCUCCCGGUAAGAGUCCUGGCACCCGGCCUGAAGAUGAAGCAGAGGGCAAGCACCCCCAGCGAGAGAAGUGGGCCAGCAAGCUGGACUUUGUUCUGUCUGUUGCUGGGGGUUUUGUUGGUUUAGGGAACGUCUGGCGUUUCCCAUACCUCUGCUAUAAAAAUGGUGGAGGUGCAUUUCUCAUCCCCUACUUCAUUUUCCUGUUUGGUGGAGGUCUGCCAGUCUUCUUCCUGGAGGUCGCCCUGGGUCAGUUCACCUCUGAGGGUGGCAUUACCUGCUGGGAGAAGCUCUGUCCCAUCUUUACUGGCAUUGGUUAUGCUUCCAUUGUGAUUGUGUCCCUGCUGAAUAUCUACUACAUUGUCAUCCUGGCCUGGGGCCUCUACUACCUGUUCCAGUGUUUUCAGCCUGAGCUGCCCUGGGCCAAGUGCAAUCAGCCCUGGAACACUGAUCAUUGCAUUGAGGACACCUACCGCAAGAACAAAACCCUCUGGGUGGCUGCCAACGCCUCCAACUUCACCUCCCCCGUCACCGAGUUCUGGGAGCAUAAUGUACUCGGUAUCUCCAGUGGUAUAGACGAGAUCGGCCCGAUUAAAUGGGACCUGGCCCUGUGUUUACUGCUUGUGUGGGUCAUCUGCUUCUUCUGCAUCUGGAAGGGCGUAAAAUCCACUGGAAAGGUGGUCUAUAUCACAGCCACGUUCCCUUUCGUCAUGCUCAUUGUGCUUUUGAUCCGUGGUGUGACGCUGCCAGGUGCUACUGCAGGCAUCAAAUUCUACCUGUAUCCUGACCUCACUCGCCUGAAGGACCCAGAGGUGUGGAUUGAUGCUGGCACCCAGAUUUUCUUCUCCUAUGCCAUCUGUUUGGGUGCCAUGACGUCCUUGGGGAGCUACAACAAGUACAAAUACAACUGCUACAGGGACUGUUUGCUGCUGGGAGCCCUCAACAGUGGUACCAGUUUUGUGUCUGGCUUCGCAAUAUUUUCCGUCCUGGGCUUCAUGGCACAAGAGCAAGGGGUGGACAUUGCUGAUGUGGCAGAGUCAGGUCCAGGCCUGGCUUUCAUUGCCUACCCUAAAGCUGUAACCAUGAUGCCUUUUCCUACACUCUGGGCAAUCCUCUUCUUCAUUAUGCUGCUGCUGCUUGGCCUCGACAGUCAGUUUGUGGAGGUGGAAGGGCAGAUCACAUCACUGGUGGAUCUGUAUCCGUCCUUCCUAAGGAAGGGUUACCGCAGAGAGGUCUUCAUCGCUAUUAUCUGCUGCAUCAGCUACGUGCUUGGACUCACCAUGGUUACCAAGGGUGGCAUGUAUGUUUUCCAGCUGUUUGACUACUAUGCAGCAAGCGGUGUGUGCCUUCUGUGGGUGGCAUUCUUUGAAUGUAUAGCUGUUGCCUGGGUUUAUGGCGUUGAUAAUUUCUAUGAUGCGAUUGAGGACAUGAUUGGCUACAGACCAAAUCCUUGGAUGAAAUGGAGCUGGACUGUGGUCACUCCUUUACUGUGUAUGGGUUGCUUUAUCUUCUCUUUGGUCAAAUACAAGCCAUUGACGUACAACAAGAUGUACCAGUAUCCUGACUGGGCCAUUGGAGUAGGGUGGACUUUGGCCUUGGCUUCUAUGAUCUGCAUCCCCAUGGUGGUUGUCAUCAAGAUCAUUCGAUCUGAUGGGCCGCUCAUUGAGAGGAUUAAGGCAGUGGCAGCCCCGGUUCGUGGUGGAGCCAGCUCCCGUCCUGCAGACCACCGUGGGCCUAAGGAGCUCUCCUGUCCCCUGGACCCCAAUGGGAACAAGGGCCUACUGAUGAAGGCCCCCACUCACACCAUCGUAGAAACCAUGAUGUAAAGGAAUGAGGCGGAGGCUCUCCAUGAGAUCGCUCUCCUCCCCUCUCCUGUCCUCUAAAAUGCUUUUAAAGCUAGCUAGCUUUCUGUCUAUCUGUCUGUCUUUGUCUGUCUGGUGGACUGAUAAGGGUUUUAAAGAAAAAGUUCAAAUCUUUUAGGAAAGUUUUGAAAGUAGUUUGCUGUUGGUGGUCUUCAUAAGAGGGUAACAGUCACAUUUCAAAUCUAUUUCUGAAUGACUUAAACUGUUUUGUUUUUUAUUUUUCUGUAUAAAUUUUCAUGUGACUACACGUCCCACUGUGUUCUUGCUUUAAAGGCAAGGUGGCAAAUUAGAAACAGCCAGCGGCCAUGUUUCACUGGCUACUUUUGCACAUAACCAGCCAUUAUUCUAGAAGAAAGUGGUUAUUGAGUCUUGGAAUCAAAUCAUCUUUUGUAGCCACUAUAUACAGAGAAUUCCUACAAUAGGCACUGAUCACCAAAAAUUGUUUUUUUUUUGUGGGUUUUUUUAGCUGCUUUGAUGGAUAUUUUAUUAUUAUAAUAAUAAUAGUAAUAAUUAUUAUUUGCCAGUUAUACUAUGACCAUCGUAUAGUUCUCUGAGGGCAUGUGCCACAGGAUUACGCUUUGGCAUAUUCUGUUCCAUUAUGUUCGGCAGAGGCCUUGUUGAUAUCAGAGUUAUUAGCUUUUUUGCCGAAAUAUCAAAAACGCAACUCUGCAGACACCAGCGUUAAAUGGCUUAUCACUGCCGGCUCUUUUCCCCUUGUAAUCAUAGAUUUUAAAAUAUCAGCAACAAUGAGCUUACCACAUAUUUGGGUUAGUGUUACAAAAUAUGAAUAAAAACAAAUAAAAUCAAUUUCAGCAUAAACCAAAACCAAAUCAAAUUAUAAUCAGUGACUUUUUUUUAAGUUAAUAUCUAAUCAUAAUGAUGAAAACAGAAUCC